CAUCGUCUCAGACAUGAGCAAUCGAGAGUCGCGCGGAAGAGGAGCAAUAGUCCAAACUUCUUCUGGAGCUUGUCUUCGCACUGGGGAAAGAACGCUUUUCUGCCACCAAAACAGUUACAGAAAGAGUCAAAUCCAACGUUGCCGACAUGUGACGACUUCUAAACAACUUGAAGUGGAGUUUGGCCUCGCGGGAGAACAGAUUUACCGAAGACAUGAGAACCAACUUUGAGGGCCUGGAUGCAUAAGAGGCUUUCACCACGGUAGCUAUGGCAACGCAGUUCACCAUCGAUGAUGCUUUCGUGUUGGAGGGAGAUGAGGAGGCAGCCGGGUCGGAAGGAGGGACAGAAGGGUGGAAGAACAGGGAGAAGGAUCGAGAAGGAGAGAUGACAUUCGGCACUCUGAGCUUCUCCAAACCUCAGACUCAUCCUUCACCUGCUGACACCGGCUCCCCUGAACACAGUAACCUGAAGUACCAGAAUCUGGAAAAUGAAGAAACCGUGGGAGACAGUGGCAACUCCUCUUUCAAUAAUUUCUUCAAAAUCAGUGACCCCGCCACUCUCUCUUACUGCAGUUCUCAGUGGUCCUUCAGCACGUUAAGCUCCGUCCAGCAGCUCUCUGCACACUGCUGCGGGUGGGUGUCGCAUCCUUUGGUGAAGAAAAACAGAAAAGUUGUUCUCGCUUCAUUCCUCCUCCUCAUCACUGGAGUCGCUUUGAUUUUCAUUGGGAUUGGCAUACAGCUGAAUCCAAAUGCAGGUGUUUCAAGUGCUAUCUUCUUUAUUCCUGGUUUUCUUCUCUUUAUUCCUGGAGUGUAUCAUGUGAUCUACAUCUGCUGUGCCGUCCGUGGUCGAAGAGGCUUCAAGCUCUUUUACCUCCCUUAUUUUGAAAAAUAAAACUUUAUGAGUCACCAGUA